AUGGCGGUUUCCCUGAGCCUCUUGCUGAGCUGGCGUGUCCGCGCUGCAGUCGCGCGCUGUGGGUUCGCGACCCGGGGGGUGGCGGGCCCGGGCCCUAUCGGCCGCGAGCCGGACCCGGAUUCCGACUGGGAGCCGGAGGAGCGGGAGCUGCAGGAGGUGGAGAGCACCCUGAAACGACAGAAAAAAGCAAUGCGAUUCCAGAAAAUUCGGAGACAAAUGGAGGCUCCAGGUGCCCCGCCCAGAACCCUGACGUGGGAAGCUAUGGAGCAGAUCCGGUAUUUACAUAAGGAAUUUGCAGAGUCCUGGUCAGUUCCCAGGUUGGCUGAAGGCUUUGAUGUCAGCACUGAUGUGAUCCGAAGGGUUUUAAAAAGCAAGUUUGUACCGACAUUGGAGCAGAAACUGAAGCAAGAUCAAAAAGUCCUUAAGAAAGCUGGCCUUGCCCACUCGCUGCAGCAGAUCCAGGGCUCCGGAGAUACCUUGAAGCUGUUCUCUGCAGGCCGCUCUGAAUCAGGCUCUUUGCUAAUGCCAGGGAAUGAAGCUUCAUCCAGAGGCCAGAGUCACAGCAUGGCUUUGAAAGUGAUAGAGUCAAAUGCUCACGGUACAAAUACACCACGGAGAUGGAAGGGAAGGAAUAAAGGAAUCCAGAGCCUGGAGAAGGAGAGCUUUGUGCCUGUCACUGCAACUGCAGGUCAUCGGAGAGAGCUGCAGAAGUGCUCUACCAGUGAUUGUGAGAGCGCCAGAGGAACUGACAGUGAUGGAUUGCCAAGUGAUGAGAAGCUGGAGGAGUUGAAGGCAGGGGUACCAGGUGACCAGAACUUCAGCAACAAAGUAGUACAGAGGGGGCGGGAGUUUUUUGACAGCAAUGGGAACUUCCUGUACAGAAUUUGAGCUGUGGCUUGGCUUGUGUAGAUGCCUAUUGAAACACAACUGGACAAGUAAAUUUGUAGCUGCCUGGAUUUCUGUGUAUGGAUUAGCCACCUUGGAAUGAGAGGAAGUGAUGAGCCUAGAAUGUGGGAGGAAAGAGCUGCUUGGAUAGAUUCAAACUUCCUGGAGCACUGCUCCCAGGCUGACCCUGGUAGAUCUUUAGUACUCAUCUUUCUUGUUUGGGCUCUCUGUACCUUGAAAACCAACCCAUGUUGCAUGUGUUGUUAAGAGUUUCUGUGAUACUUGCAAUAUAUAUUUGGGAGGAAAUGAAAACUUUGCCUUCUGACCUCAUUUCCUUCUUGAUCAAUGAAUACUAACAGUUUUGGAACUGCUUAGUCAAUUGGUUUUCCUUAUUGCAAAAUAAAGUAAAAUGUAGCAGUU